AUACUUCCGUUCAGUCUGGGUCUGGUUACUCGACAGCAUAUUUGCAUUCAUACCUCCUCGAGUCCCUUCUCAAGACCAACAAAUUGGCCGUCCUCAUUCCAUUUCACAAUGCGUAUCCUCGCUGAACCCGAUGUUUCUCAGAUCCUGCGCGAAUUAAACCAGUCGCAAUGCCACGACUUACUCAACGCUCUUUGCGACUCUCUCACCGCAGUCUCCAAUGAAUCGACUGCUCCAGAGACGGAACGCCUUAUCCACCAGCCCCUUCGUAGCACCAUCCUCACGAAGAAACAAAACCUCUCUCUUUUCAUGCCCGUCUCCAACACCGCCAGCACGGGUAUCAAGAUUGUUACUUCCUCUCAGUCUCAUGGCCUCAUCGGAGUCAUCAACAUCUUCUCGCCCGAAGGUAGUCUACAGGGUCUCUUGAGCGCCGCCAAAAUCACCGCUUUCCGCACAGCCCUGACCAUCAUGUCCCUCCUCGUUCGCUGCCAGGCCACGAGUAAGGAGAAUGUGGUCAUUCUCGGCUCUGGUCGCCAGGCGGAAUGGCAUGCUCGCUUAGUUCUCCUCUUGUUCCCAGGACAAGUACGUUCGAUCACCAUCCUGAACCGUGGUCGCAAACGCCUGGAAGAGUUGGAGACAGAGGUCUUGGGACAAUUGCGGGCUACGUAUCCGGAUGUUGCGAUCUCAACGGUCGCGAAAGAUCAUGUAGGCGACGACGUAUGGGAGGAGAAGCUGCGGGCGGCACUGCAGACCUGCGAUGUCUUGUUCAGUUGUACGCCUGCCACAGAGCCGAAUUUCCCGGCUUCAUAUCUACAACCGUUCCGGCAACGGUUCAUCUCGCUGAUCGGCUCGUAUAAGCCGCAUAUGCGGGAGAUUGAUACGGAGACAUUGCUCUCUGGCGGUGGGAAAGUCUACGUGGACUUGAAGGAGGCGUGUUUGGAGGAGUCGGGCGAGUUGAUUCUGGCCGAGGUGAAGGAAGAGCAGUUGAUUGAAGUUGGUGAGUUGUAUGGGAAGUUAGGUAGGGAAGUGCCGGUGGAGGUACCCCAGGGGUGCAAUGUGGUAUUUAAAUGUGUGGGCAUGGGGAUAAUGGAUCUGGUCAUCGGAAACAAGCUGUUGGAUGUUGGACGGGAGAGGGGAAUUGGCAUGGAAGUAGAUGGCUUUUGAAGCGAUGGCGUGUUGACGGUGGAAUUAGAUAUUGUGACCAAAUGACUGGCUUGAUCGUAAUCAAUCAGUUACUUGCAGACAAUUCAAC